CUGGGGUAAGGAGUUCAAGGCAGCGCCCACACCCGGGGGCUCUCGCGACUCGACCGCCUAUCCGCUCCCCCCUUCCCCCCCCCCCCCCCCCCCCUUCACCCACCCACCCAUAGCCGGGACUGCAGCCCAGGAGCCGGGGCCCCGCCGCCUCCUCGCCGCGAUCCUGGACUUCCCCCUGCCGCAAGAGCCGGCAUCCACGUGUGCCCCGGAGCCAGCGUCUAAGCACACGCUCCGCUCCGGGUCUGGGUGCCUUCAGCAGACCGAGCAGCCGGGGAUCCAGGGCCCGGAAAGCAUCUGGGCCAAGUUAGGCGCGGCGGAAUCGAGCGCCGAGCGUCUGCAAAGCCGGUGGGGCCGCGGAGCGUCCGGGGUUGAGCCACAGCAAAUGGGCUCCGACGUGCGGGACCUGAACGCGCUGCUGCCGGCGGUACCCUCGCUGGGUGGUGGCGGCGGUUGCGCCCUGCCCGUGAGCGGCGCGGCGCAGUGGGCGCCGGUGCUGGACUUUGCGCCCCCGGGCGCCUCGGCUUACGGUUCCUUGGGCGGUCCUGCGCCGCCGCCUGCUCCGCCGCCACCACCCCCGCCGCCGCCGCCUCACUCGUUCAUCAAACAGGAGCCGAGCUGGGGUGGCGCGGAGCCGCACGAGGAGCAGUGCUUGAGCGCCUUCACCGUCCACUUCUCGGGCCAGUUCACCGGCACGGCUGGAGCCUGUCGCUACGGACCCUUCGGUCCUCCUCCGCCCAGCCAGGCGUCGUCCGGCCAGGCCAGGAUGUUCCCCAACGCGCCCUACCUGCCCAGCUGCCUCGAGAGCCAGCCCGCUAUUCGCAACCAGGGAUACAGCACGGUCACCUUCGACGGGACGCCCAGCUACGGUCACACGCCCUCGCACCACGCGGCACAGUUCCCCAAUCACUCCUUCAAGCACGAGGAUCCCAUGGGCCAGCAGGGCUCGCUGGGUGAACAGCAGUACUCCGUGCCUCCCCCAGUCUACGGCUGCCACACGCCCACCGACAGCUGCACAGGCAGCCAGGCCCUGCUGCUGAGGACGCCCUACAGCAGUGACAAUUUAUACCAAAUGACCUCCCAACUUGAAUGCAUGACCUGGAAUCAGAUGAACUUAGGAGCCACAUUAAAGGGAGUUGCUGCUGGGAGCUCCAGCUCAGUGAAAUGGACAGAAGGGCAGAGCAACCACGGCACGGGGUACGAUAGUGAUAACCACACCACUCCCAUCCUCUGUGGUGCCCAGUACAGGAUACACACCCACGGCGUCUUCAGGGGCAUUCAGGACGUGCGGCGAGUGCCCGGAGUAGCCCCGACUCUUGUUCGGUCGGCAUCUGAGAGCAGUGAGAAACGCCCCUUCAUGUGUGCUUACCCGGGCUGCAAUAAGAGAUAUUUUAAGCUGUCUCACUUACAGAUGCACAGCCGGAAGCACACUGGUGAGAAGCCAUACCAGUGUGACUUCAAGGACUGUGAGCGAAGGUUUUCUCGUUCAGACCAGCUCAAAAGACACCAAAGGAGACACACAGGUGUGAAACCAUUCCAGUGUAAAACUUGUCAGCGAAAGUUCUCCCGGUCUGACCAUCUGAAGACCCACACCAGGACUCAUACAGGUAAAACAAGUGAAAAGCCCUUCAGCUGUCGGUGGCCCAGUUGUCAGAAAAAGUUUGCCCGGUCAGACGAAUUAGUCCGCCAUCACAACAUGCACCAGAGAAACAUAAGCAAACUCCAGCUGGCGCUUUGAGGGGUCCACGCCAGGCACCGCUCUGUGUCUCGGGCAGGACAGUGUGUGAACUACUUUCAAAGCUGACUUUAACAUUCCUCCUCACUCGCCUCUCUAAGAAGGAAAUGGAGGCUGAUCUUCUUCAUCCAGCCUCUGAGAAAGAUGCCUGUACUACUGGAUCCUACCAGGUUUGCCCAGAGGAGUUGGUCUCUACUUAGCCGACUUUUAGUUGACUCAUAAGGCUCUGGAGAAGUGGCUGUCAGUGUCCAGUUAGUGAAAAGCCCAUUGCCAUUUGGUCUGGAUUUUCCACUGUUAAGAAGAGCCGUUGAUGGUAAUGUUCCCCCCUGCCCCUUCUCCCUUUAUGCUCAUUUUCACGGGGAAUGGCGUCGUUGUACCUUUUUCCAUCAUAGAGUAUUUAUAGGCCAGGGCAUGUGGAUGUGUCUGCUAAUGUAAACUUUGUCAUGGUUUCCAUUUACUAACAGCAACAGCAAGAAAUAAAUCAGAGGGCGAGGCACUGGGGGUGAGUCCCGUCUGACAUUCCGGAGCUUAGGCAGGCCGCUAACCUGGAAAGCAGGAUGUAGCGCCACCAGGCAACUUUUAAAACUCAAGCAUUUCAAGCCGCUGAAAAAAGAAUCAGAGCUAACCAGUACCUCUGCAGAGAUAUCUAAAAGAAUCUUUUAUCAUUCAGUUAAUUCAAUGUAACAUUAGCACAAUGCUCUUAAGAAACCGUGCUUGAGGAUCUGAGAUUUUGUUUUCGUGUUUCUUUUUGACUUUUCUGAGUUGUAAUCGUAUGCAUCUUCAGAGAUGUACAUAUCUCCUCACACAAAGGAAGUGGAAUUCAUUUUUAUCAUUUGGGGUGUCCUUAAGAGUAUACAGACCACACUGGUUAUGUGGCUUCAAGUUGUAAAAAAUUAAAGUGACUCUAAAAGAAAAUAAGGGCUGGUCCGGGAUCUCCACUGAUAAGACUGUUCUUUAGUAACUUAAGUAACUUUGGGUCUACAAGUAUAUGUGAAAAAAAAUGAGACUUACUAGUGUGAGGAAAUCCAUUGUUUAAAGGUGGUUGGGUGUAUGUGUGUGUUUUGUUUCUGUUUUUUAAGGGAGGGAGUUUAUUAUUUACUGUUGCUUGAAAUUAUUGUGUAAAUAUAUAUAUCUGACAAUGAUUUGCUCUUUGACAACUAAAGUUAGGAAAUGUAUAAAUGUUAGAUGCAUCACUGUUUUGGUGUUGAUCUUCCAACAUAUAACACUAAGUAACACUAAAAAUGUAACCUGCAUUUUUCACUUCGCUCUCAAUUAAAGUCUAUUCAAAAGGAAA